GCAUUAUUUCCGAUUGAUCGCAUUCCAUGCGUCACUGCGCGCCUAAACUUUGGAAAAGCAAUCGGCAUCUACUUGAUGACAACUCGGGCUUUUGGAGAUGAACAGAUUGAGUGAGAACGCCACGCCCGGACAUAACUCGGGAACUCAGCCACGACUUGGUCGAGCGCGGGGCCAAAAGUCCAAAAGCUCAAGCUAUACUUUGUGGCUGAAUGGCAUCAGGAUGUAAUACUGGGUAGGGUUUUUUCGGCAAUCGCGCUCUCAGAUCCCGAGAAAUCGUCCCACUACGCAAUGAUCUGAUUGAGCGCUCAAUCACCGACCCGAGAUUUCACGAACUUUUGCAGUCAUUGCUUGUAUUUUAUUUCUUGAUUUCGAGACAACAAGAAGGGCCCUUGGUCUGUACAUAAUUGUAGAUAGUCCAUUCGUUGGAACCGCCACUGUCCCCAAGUUAGAGGCCGAUUCAGACACCAUCCACUCUGUUCUGCCUUAUCAAUUGCACUUGGCAACACUCUGACAUCAUCAAUUCCAAACUUUUCUCCCACUCCUAUCAAACUAUUACGACCAAUAUCGUCAUCUACACCGAGCUAUAAUAUUUCGAGCCCGCUUCGCAGUCAAAGUCACGGCAAUAAAAUCAAACAAAACACCAAACAAGUACACGAACUCCAAUUCGAACUCGCAUCACACGAAUAAAGCCCGAAAUUUGCACACCAGACCGCAAUCAUGAGAGUCAUCAGCAAAGAGGAAGAAGCCGCCCACUACAGUGCGACCAUCAAGGGUGGCCUGGUUGGCGGCAGCGUCGGCCUGGCGCUGGGUCUUGCAGGAGUCGUGGGCGCGUCCAAACGAUAUGCCGCCUUCCGGUCGCUGACGCUGCCAUUCCGUGCCUUCUUGGUCACGUCAUCGGGCACCUUUGGCGCCAUCACGGUGGCGGAGCGGUACAGCAUCGCGUUCGCCAAGCAGCAAGACCCAAUGAACUUUUACAAGGACGAGUCGACGCGCGUGCUCGAGGAGGCGCGCCAGCAGGCCUCGCAGAUGCAGCGCCUCAAGGACUGGGGCCGCGAGAACAGGUACACCAUCGUCUUCGCCAGCUGGCUGGCCAGCAUGGGUGUCGCCCUCGCCGCAGUCGGCAAGGACAAGUACCUGACCACUGCCCAGAAGCUGGUCCAGGCCCGUGUCUACGCCCAGGGUCUGACCCUUGCCGUCCUCAUCGCCACCGCCGUAUUCGAGACGGCCGAUGCCAAGAGCGGCAGGGGCAGGUGGCAGACCGUCAUGGUCGUCGACCCCAACGAUCCCGAGCACAAGCAUCUGAUUGAGAAGAGGAUCCACAAGGAGGAGUACGAGGGACAGGAUUUGUGGAUGGAUAUGGUUGCUGCUGAGGAGAAGAGGUUAGCCAACCAGAAGAAGGCUCGCGAGGACGCCGCCACCAAGGUCAACGGCGAGGGCAAGAAGGAAAAGUCCGAGAAGACCGAAGCUACUUCGGCAUAGAUGUUGAUCUUGUCCGCCGAAUCUCGGCUUUUUUUUUUAUAUCACUAUCACACGCCUAACAGCCUCACAGGCCUUUAUCAGGGCAUAUGAGACAACUCUACUCACCCAAGAGCAUUAUCAAUCCACCUAACAAGACGUGACCCGGGUUUCUCGUGCCGCGAGGUCACUUUUCCAGAAGAGAAGGUUACAGUUCAUAGAUGGUAUCUGUACAUAUAGACAAAAGGAGUACGGUGGCGUUUCUGGGUAGCAUUUUGUUCGUUCUUGGUCUUCAACGCGGGAGCGGGUAGCGGAAACGGCUUAAUGGCGUCUGAUCUGAAGGGAGUUCACCUCAGAAAUCGGAUGUAUGACUGGUCUAGAUUUUGGCAACUAGUUGUCCAAGGGAAGGACCUUGGUUCGAUGAGCCGAAUGACAAUACCACAUCAUUUAAUAAAAAUUUUACCCC